AUGGCCACCACUCCUAUCACCGCCUCCUUUCUCAAAGAAACCGCCAAGUCGGUCUACAUUGCACUGUGCAACAAACCUCGCCCAGAGUCACUGGUUGAUCUGCCUCUUUUCCAGAAACAUUUGUCGCCAGAGUUCAAACUCUACCAUGACUCUAAGCUCCUUCCGGACGGAGGUGGUCGUGAUGCCUUUCUCGCCCUGUGGAGCAAGAUGGCCUCUUCCAUGCCGGACUUGCAUAUGGAGAUACGUGAUGCAGUUGCCGAGGUUGAAGAUGCUGACGAGGGAAAUGGAAGGGUUUGGCUGUACUCGAAGAUUACGGGACUGCACGGUGGGGUGGAGAAGCUUAGUGUUGAUAUGAUGAAGUUUGAGAAAGGUGUUCUUGUGGAGGUUGUUGACCUUCAGAGGACUUUAUGA